GCGGCGCUUCGUACCCCUCCCUCUUUCCUGGGCCGCAUUCGGGCUGCUGCAGACAUUCCAAUCGGAGCGUUCGGGCAGAGACACAGACCCAGACCCAGAGACAGACCCAGACAGACAGACAGAGACAGGCAGCAGCCCACUUGCUGCAUCACUCUUUACCAACACAAGUCAUGGCCGAGUCGCUAAUGCAGCGUCUGGACAAGUUCCUCAAGGAGAAGAAGCUGCUGGGUGAUAUCUUGGGGAAAAUUGAGAGCAAGACAGGAGUGAAUCGGCGUUACAUCGCUCUGGUUAUCUUUGUAAUCAUUUCGGUUUACCUUGUGGUCGGCUAUGCCGCAUCUUUGCUUUGCAAUUUGAUCGGAUUCGUUUACCCUGCUUAUAUCUCAAUCAAGGCCAUCGAAAGCCCUGAUAAAGAUGAUGAUACGAUAUGGCUGAUGUACUGGGUGGUAUAUGGUCUCUUCAGUGUAUUUGAAUUCUUUUCUGACAUCUUUUUUUCCUGGUUUCCCUUCUAUUAUAUAUUCAAGUGUGCAUUCCUGGUUUGGUGUAUGGCCCCCAUCUCAAAUAAUGGUUCUCAAAUGAUCUACAACCGUUUUAUCCGCCCUUUCUUUCUGAAGCAUGAGGCUAAAAUGGAUGAGAUUGUGAAGAAUCUUGGUGAACGGGCCUCAGAAGCUGCAGAUAACAUUAAAGAAAAUGCCAAGAAAGCAACAGCAAACCUAAUCUUUGAGGAGAAGAAGAGCACUUAAACAAUGUCUGAGAAAGCUUGCUUUUACCUUCGACUCCCUGGAAUCCAGAGUGUUAAAAUAUAUUGCCUUUGGAAUGUUUUUUUUCAAUGCACACUUUAAAUGUAUUUCUUAUAACCUAUAUGCUGAAUUUUACCAAAAUCAAGAAAAGUGGAAAAAAUGGAUGGUACUCAAAUGUAAUAUUACAAUCAGUGUUUAAUUGCUUGUUGCAAAUAUUUCAUGGACUAUUACUAAUGAUGCAGAUGCAGUUCUGAGUGUGGCAUUUUUCUGGUCUGUCUUGUCCUUUUGUCUGGUAAAUGUCCAAUAAACUUUUAAAGUUGA